ACAUACCGCAGUGUUUGGCCUGAUGCACUCAAGAGCUGCUGUAACAGAAAGGUUGCCAAGUGCGCCAGAACUCGUUGCCACGUCGUGAGUUUGAGUUUGUGCAGUUCAACUGGGCUCUCCUUUCUGGUCUGACGUCCUGUGGAUAACGGUCGAGUACUUAUCUCGUGUCAAAGCCGAUUCAACGGUUCCGUAGACGUGAACCCAGCGUCAGUGGGAAGCGAGCAGUGGAAAACAAAAUGCCGACUUGCAUUUCACCAACUAUCUAUCACCUCUAUGCUGAAGAAAUGGAAAGACGGGCGCGUCUCCGGGAGAGAGAAAAUGAAAACCUCGAGAAUGUAAACGAACGUCUGUUGGAGCAGAUUCGGGACCUCAGGCAGCACCUUCAGGAACAAGAGGAAGUUCGAGAGCGUCGCCUGACUACCAGGGCGCGUCUCCGGGAGAGAGAAAAUGAAAACCUCGAGAAUGUAAACGAACGUCUGUUGGCGCAGAUUCGGGACCUCAGGCAGAAUCUUCAGGUACAAGAGGAAGUUCGAGAGCGUCGCCUGAGACGUAGAAUCGGCCUGCGAGGAGGGGUCUACAGAGUCAUCACAGACUGAGGAAAAUCGUCUUUACCUUCGCUUUUGAAUUAUUUGUCACGUGAUCUACUUUGUGAGACACUAGGCUUAGAGCUCGUAUAUGUGUCACAGAAAAUAAGUUUGUAAAUUACAUGAAUAUUUGAUAUAGGUUAUAAAGACGGGGUGUCACGCAGAGUGUACUUUCUCGGUCAGGGGAUUUCCUGACUCAGCAAUUGGUCUUUCGUUUCCUUUAUUCUUUAUUUUGGUUAUCGUUUUCAAAUAUUUGUUUGUGUGUUUCGUGUAUUUUAUCUUUUUUUUGUAUAUUAUUUUCAAUUUCCUUAUAUUUUCUAACUGUUUCAUUAUGAUGGUCACAAUAUUAUUUUCUUAAUUUGUAACAUUUUCCCUUUUCUUUUCGUUCCCUUUUCUAUUUUCUUGUAAUUAUUCAUGGCAUUAUCUAUUAUACUAGGUUACGAUAUAUAUUUACAUAGUAUUACCAUAUUUACUGUAUUACGUGUUAUAUUUUAUCUAUCUAUCGCGAUUUAAUAGAAAUGGUCUUUUAUAUGCACACAAGGAAGCAUCAUUUGUAGAAAAUUAAAUCCAUUUUUAUA